GCCCGGUUCCCGGAUGCGUUGCCCUGCGCAGGCACCGCGCUGGUCACAUCUGGCGGGGAGGGGUCCUGUGCGGCCGGCCGUUUGAACGGGCCGCGGUUGCUGAGAGACGCGGCGGCGGCGGCGGGAUGUUCGGCAGGUCGACCGUGUAUUACUCAAGGGUGUUGGUAAACAUUGGAUGUUCUUCCAGAGCCCUCCUGUGGUGUGAGGUGAAUCCUGUUUGCUGUGAGUUGGAUUGCAUUUGACGUCUUGUGCUUGUAAAGCAGGAUGGAAGCUAUUUUGAUUAGACUUAGGCAACUUACCCCUGCUGAACUCAGACAAGAAAUUCUUGGAGCAGGGUUGAACUGUGGACCCAUAACUUCAACAACCCGUCUUAUUUUUGAGAAGAAAUUAGCUCAGGCUUUGUUGGAAAGCCAGGGAGGAGCAGGAGCAGACCGACCACCUGAGCUGACCAGUAACUCUGCAAAACCUGAAGACAAUUGUGCUUUGUUUAGCCAUUCCACUAAUGGAUCUGACAGCAGCUCCAUGACAUGUUCAGAAACUCCCUAUUUGCCUGAUAAAGAUGACCAUUUUGGAUAUGAUGUGGGAGUGAACCCUCCAGAUGAGGCAGCAUUGUCAGACUCGCUGAAAACUGUAGGUGUGAGUAGUUUACAGAACAACAUUGAACAGACUUCAGAAAAAUCAGCUGCCUCUGCUACAGUGUACUAUGGAGUUUGUCCUGUCUUGGAUGACAUUUUGUCCAGGAAUGAUAAAGUGCAUGUAUAUUUGGAUAAGAAGGAAGCUCUUCAAGCUGUAAAGAUGAUGAAAGGGUCACGGUUCAAAGCUUUCACCAACAAAGAAGAUGCUGAAAAGUUUGCCAAAGGUAUUUGUGACUACUACCCUUCGCCAACCAAAUCCUCUGCCUGUGUAUCUCCACUGAAAGGUGGUGUGAUCCAUAAUAGAGAUUUCAUGGGUUCUCUGGAAACUGAAGGCACCAACAGGGAGCGAGCCAACAGUUACAAAAGUCCACGCUCUCAGGACUUAACAUCCAAACUGCGGAAGGCUGUUGAAAAAGGAGACAGAGCUACCUUUCUUGAACUUGUGUGGAGUAAUCCACGUUAUCUCAUUGGUUCUGGAGACAACCCUACAGUACUACAGGAAGGAUGCCGGUACAAUGCUAUGCAUGUGGCUGCCAAGGAGAAUCAGCCACAAAUUUGUCAGCUUCUGCUGGAGACAUUGGAGAAUCCUGAAUUUAUGUUGUUGAUGUAUCCAGAUGAUGAUGAAGUUAUGCUGCAAAAACGCAUUAAGUACAUAGUUGACCUUUAUCUCAACACACCUGAUAAAAGGGGCUUUGACACACCGUUACACUUUGCCUGUAAGUUUGGGCAUGCAGAAGUGGUUAAUGUAUUAUGCUCUCAUCCUGAUAUCUGCAAAGUUUCGAAGAAUGCGUAUGGGUCUACUCCUAUGGAGGUUAUUUGCGAACGGAAUAAAACUGAAUCUGAGGAGCUAAAGGAAAAAAUCAGAGAAUAUUUACAAGAUCGAUGUUAUGUGCCAUUGCUAAGAGAUAUCGGCAACUCAUCCCCGCCUGUCAUUGGUCCUCCCUGGUCACCUGAUCCAGCAGAUAAGCUUCUCUGCACAUCUUUAUACAAGCACACUGGGAAUCCUAAGGAUCCAGUUAUGGCAGUUAGGGCAUUUGCAGGACCAAUGUCUCCUUGCAAGGCAACUGAAUUUCGGCGAAUAUGGAAAACUCCAUCCCGGGAGAGUGCAAGCCAAUUUAAAAAGACUGAUGUUGAACGAGGUUACGAACGAGUUGGAAGGGAUUUAGCUCAUGAAAUGGGGCAUCCAUGGGCUGAAUACUGGGAAUUUCUUGGCUGUUUUAUUGAUCUUGCGGCACCAGAAGGAAUCAGAAAAAUAGAAGAAUAUUUGAGCAAAAAAGAAUUGAGUAGAAGAUCUGAACAGGAAGGAGGAGACAUCUAUAUCUGUAAUAGACUCAAAAGUUCUCCACCAAGUGGUAAAAACAGUAAAUACAGCAACUCUGUCUCUGUUGGUGCAUUUCUGGAUAGCUUUGAAGAAAUAAAAAAUAGACAAAAUGCUGCAUUGAAAGUCAGCAAAUCAGCAGUUUUGCCUGGAAUUAGCUUUGGUGCCAUUGAAGAAAAUGGGUGCCAUAUACUUCCUGUGCAGCGCACAACGGACAUUAUUGACUCCAUGGACAAUCUAAGUAAUCCUGACAAAGAGAUUUUGUCAAAUUUAAAUGGAAUUUGUUCUCCCAUUGACGAAAAGCCUGUGGGGCGAUGUCCUCGUUCAUUUACCAUCCCUGGUUCAGCAGGUGAUCUUUUCCCCAUUUCUAAUCUCAUGGCUGAAUUUGAUAAACUUUCACUGCUUGAUGACAGAGAGAGAAACUUGCCUUCCGACAGGCUCAUAGAAUCUCCAGAGGAACAUGAGAUUGAAGUAACGGCAAAGCCAAUGGAGGGUAACACUUUGGGUUUGAUGGCUCACGACAAAGGCUCUGUGUGGAAGCAGGGUGCUGAACGUAUAAAAGCUGAGAGUGAUGAGCUGACGGAAAUAGGAUUGAACAAAGAGGAUGUAUUACUCAAGGCGGGACCAAGGCAGCAGCCUGUGGUGGAAGGUGGCGAUGAAAUCACUGAUCCACUGUCAUUAUGUACAUCAAAGAUAGCUACUUUACAGCUUGACAGCAAGAAGAACUACGCACAACACAGCAGCUUGUACUGUAGAACAGAUAAUUUUCCUGCUUCGACAAGGGAGGUUUCUGCACAUUUUUCAACACAGGAAUCCGGUGUACCUCAACACAAACUAAACUCAAGGUACAAUAUGCAGUUGGAAAACUUCUGCAGCUCGUCAGAAGAUAGACAGCAGCUGCCGCCAAAGCAUGCUCCAGGAUAUGUAAGGAAAGGAACUACCAAGGGGAUAUUUCUAGUUGGAGAUGAACCAACUAAGCUAGACAGUGAUGUCCUGGCUGCACUGAACAGUGUUGUUAUUGACCCACAGAAGUUCCCAUGCUUACAUCGAUGGAAGAACCGAAUGCAGUCUUACUCUCUGUCAGAAAUGCAGAGUUGGCCGAGCCCUGCUCUACUUAAAGGGAAACCGAAGGUACAGUCCAUCACACCGAGUUCUCCAUGCAGCCCUGGUGCCUCCGUUCUUGGGAGACCUAAUCCACAAAGCUAUAGUCCUGGAAGGUUUGGGAGCUCCCCUUACAGAGAGUUUGGAAGUCCAGGGCGUUAUAGUCCAGCGUACGCAAGCCAUAUCCAAGUGCAACAACUUCUGCACUUCAUUGAACCCUCUGAGCUCUAACACUUAGGGUUGUGAUACCAUUGCUUUGCCCCACUUUAGAGGGGGAAUUCAGUUUUAUAUUUAAGAUAAAUUGUAGUUUCCUAAAUAUGUCUACAAUGUACAAUGGAUACUGCGUGCUGUUUGAUUCUGUUGGUGUGAAUCAAUUUUCAUUGCAUUUCUUUACUCUUGCUACAAUGUCUCGAUUUCCUCAGUUGUGUAAUCAAUGUUCAUUCUGAUUUGUCUUGCCUUUUGCUCAUCCAAAAAUUUAUAUAUUUUAACUUUUUAAACUUUACUUCAAUAAAAUGUCUCAUAUUUAGACUUUCCCAAAAGGAGCCCAGACUGGGGGUUGGUGAGAGGUUGGGGGUCUGGUAGAGAACUUUGUAACCAGAGUGGCUCUAGGGAUUAAAAAUAAACCUUAUCCUAACCCAGCAUCCAGACUGAUGAUUAUCAGUAAUGUUUUUCAUUAUAAUUUCUGUGAAAUUCCUGUAAAAGUCCAUUGAUCUGGGAACAGCAGAAAGGAAGCUUGUUAGUUAAUGUUGAGAAAUAUAUUUGUGGAUUGUUAAUGUAAAAAAUGUUGUAUUGGAAGUGAAGUUCAUAAGUUGGGUGCUACAAUGAUAAAAAGGUGCAGGUUCUGCAUAGUGGGACGAAGAAACAAGUAACUGGUGUAUAACAAUGAAUCUGUUGUUUUGGCACCUUGAUUGCAUUGACCAUAAGGUAUUCUCAGUAUGUUUGUCAAUUCUAUUAAAAGAAAUUAUUUAUUGGUUGCAAGAAAAUUGUAUCUAUAGCUUUGGCAAGCUUUUUAGUGCCUUUUUUUGGGAAAAAAAGUCUUUUUAAAUGAGCUGUGAACUACCUUUACGGUUGCCUAUAAUGUAAUUAAAUCCAGCAUGUAGAAUAUGCAAGUAUAGGUUUUGGUGACUGUUUCAUUGGUGGAGACCAGCAAUUGUUGAGUCCAUGUUGUUAUUGCAGACACAUAGGAGCAGCUGUUUACUCUGAAAGUAAUUUUCUAGUCCCAGGACAAAGUGGCUUUUACACCGUCACCUCUCGGAGUGUGAGCAGGUCGUCCGUGCAAGGUGCGUGUAGGUAUGUGAAAAUAUGUGGUCUUAUUAACUCUGACCUUUCCCACAGCACAUCUGGGAUCUAGUACAUAUUUACAGUACAUUUAUUGCAUAAAUGUGAAAUGAUAAACUGCUGAGAAAAGAAUAAACAAAAAAAUCCACAAAAUGAAAGCAUUUUAAUUGUUAUUCCAGUGUUUCAGCACAUCUUAAGGCUUUGAGUGAUGUAUUGAAAGUCUUCAGUGUGCAAAUCCAGGUAAAUUAAGUAGUCUCUUAACAGUGUGUAACUAAAACUUGUUUCAUUCUUCUAAUUGGUAGUGAAUUGUGAAUGUUCGUUAAUCUGUCCUGAUGUGGUUUGCUUUGGAUUCUCAAUGUCCUUUGACUUGAAGUGCAAACAUCAUUAGAGUUUUGCCCAUGUUAAAUUCCCACUUGUGAUGCCCUUGAGUCCAAGGUACUGUGCUUUCCAGCUGGAGAUUCUUGGCCCUCUUAAUUUCAUUGGAUGAAAACAUGAUAUUUGUAAAGGAACCUAAGUAGAUAGUGAAUUUAAUGAUAGAUAGUGAAUUUAAUGACCAUUUCUGUACAAAAGAAUCCCUCUGCGUUUAUUUAAAUAAACCUAUUAAAUGGGGACAGGAAGCUGAUGAGACUUGUCUGUUUCUACCAUCUAAUUUUAAAUUCAGCAUAUGUUGUGGUAGCCUCCUUGCUGUUCUGCCUUAUUGGAAGCACAGCCAGUGGGCGUAUACCGAGCCAUAGUCCUGGCCUCCAUUUAACUGCAGAGAUUUCCUGGAUGAUAAAUGCUGUAAGAUUUAAAGUUGAGUGUUGUUAAGAGAACAAGUGCUAUCAAUAAAUUAUACUUUAACAAUUUAGAAGUAUAAGACUUUUUAAAACAAAAACAGUGUUUAUCUAAAAGGCUGUAUACUGUGAAAUGAAGGGAGGGAAAGUGAAGGAAAAGAUCAGUAAAUAAAUUUGGUGUAAAGUUAUACAAAAGGUUGGUGAGACAGCACUUGGAGUAUUGCCUACAGUUCUGGUCACCACAGAAUAGGAAAGGUGCAAUUAAGCUAGAGAGGGUGGGGAAAAGAUUCACAAGGAUGCUGCCAGGAUCAGAGAGCUUCAUUUAUGAGUGGAGACUGGAAAGGCUGGGACUGUUUCCACUGGAGUGACCUUCGAGGUUUAUAAAAUCAUGAGAGGUGUAUCUAUCUAUAGUCAGUCUUUAUCCCAGGGUAGGGGAGUGUCAGACUAGAGGACUAGGUGAGUGGGGAAAGAUUUAAAGGGGAUCUACAGGGCAAGAGUUGCCAAAGAAGGUGGUAGUGGUAAAU